AAUGUCAACUUUAUAAUAUACAUGUCGGCAAACAGGUCAUGGCCCAUUUUCCGACAACUUAAUAGGCCUCCCAAAUCUCGAUUACAACGACGAAUCAAGUCCUUAUUAUAAAACUGCUAAACCUCCUUCCCUCCGUCCAGACUCUUUAUCUCUCGCAUUUCCUCACUCUCAGUAAUAUCUCCAUUUGCCUCACAGAAAUGUCGUUUUUUCUGGGGCUGGUGAUAGGAAUAACAGUGGGAAUUGGGCUGAUCGUGCUGUUCGUGCGAUCGGAGAACAUCCGGUCGAAGCAGCGGUCCGCCCUCGCCACUACCGUUGCUGCUUUGGCUAGAAUGACUGUGGAAGAUUCUAGAAAGAUCCUCCCUUCCAAGUUUUACCCUUCCUGGGUCGUCUUCUCACAGCGCCAAAAGUUGACAUGGCUUAAUCACCAUCUCACGAAGAUCUGGCCCUAUGUGAAUGAGGCAGCGUCUGAGCUUAUAAGGACUAAUGUUGAGCCGAUUUUGGAGCAAUAUAGGCCGAUGAUAUUGUCGUCCCUGAAAUUCUCGAGAUUCACUCUUGGGACUGUGUCACCGCAAUUCACAGGAGUAUCUAUUAUUGAAGAUGGAGCUGACUGUAUUACCUUGGAGUUGGAGCUUCAGUGGGAUGGAAAUCCAAGUAUAAUACUUGACAUAAAUACUAGACUUGGUGUAGCACUACCUGUGCAGGUAAAAAAUAUUGGAUUCACCGGGGUUUUCAGGUUGAUGUUUAAGCCACUAGUUGAUGAGUUCCCUUGCUUUGGAGCUGUUUGCUUUUCUCUGAGACAAAAGAAAAAGUUGGAUUUGACUCUUAAAGUUGUUGGUGGGGACAUAUCGGCAAUUCCUGGGAUUUCUGAUGCUAUUAAGGACACAAUAGAUAAUGCUAUUGAAGAUUCCAUUAUGUGGCCAGUUCGAAAAGUUGUUCCCAUUUUGCCUGGGGAUUACAGUGACCUUGAGUUGAAGCCUGUUGGAACAUUGGAGGUGAAGCUUGUACAAGCAAAGGAAUUAACAAAUAAGGACAUCAUUGGGAAAUCAGAUCCUUUUGCUGUAUUAUAUGUACGGCCUCUACCUAACAGAAUGAAAACCAGCAAAACAAUUAACAACCAGUUGAAUCCAGUCUGGAAUGAACACUUCGAAUUUAUUGUUGAAGAUGCAUCCACUCAACACUUGGUGGUAAAAAUAUACGAUAAUGAGGGGCUUCAGGCAUCUGAAUUAAUUGGAUGUGCUCAAGUACAGCUACGUGAGCUUGAGCCCGGUAAAGUGAAGGAUGCGUGGUGGAAACUGGUAAAAGAUUUGGAGGUCCAGAGAGAUACUAAAAACAGGGGACAGGUGCACUUGGAGCUUCUGUAUGUUCCUUUUGGCAUGGAGAAUGGGUUUACAAACCCUUUUGCCCCUAAAUUUUCAAUGACAUCCCUGGAGAAGGUUCUUAAAAAUGGAGUGGAUGGAACUGAAGUUGCUGAAAAUGGAAAUGCAGUCAUGCAGAAAAAAAGGGAGGUUAUUGUUAGGGGAGUACUUUCUAUAACUGUGAUAUCUGCAGAAGACUUGCCUGUGGUAGAUCUAAUGGGAAAAGCCGACCCCUAUGUUGUACUUAUUUUGAAAAAAUCAGAAAUCAGGAACAAAACUAGGGUUGUGAAUGAUAGCUUGAAUCCAGUUUGGAAUCAAACUUUUGACUUUGUUGUUGAGGAUGGAUUGCAUGAUAUGCUGAUUCUGGAAGUCUGGGACCAUGACACAUUUGGGAAGGACUAUAUGGGAAGGUGCAUCUUGACUCUGACUAGGGUUAUAUUGGAGGGGGAAUACAAAGAAACCUUCCAGCUGGAUGAAGCCAAAUCUGGAAGACUCAAUUUGCAUCUCAAGUGGAUGCCACAACCAAUUUACAGGGACCGUGAGUGAUCCAUGUUCCUUGGCAGAUGGUCAAUCUUGGUUAUAUCCCUCUUCCACAGAAAAUGUGUACAAAUGAUGCCCACCUGCAAAUUCAUUGAUCAAUAAGCCUACAGUAAUUGUAAUAGCAAACAGGUGUACAUAAUUGUUUCACUUACUGAGUAUACUAUAGAGUAGAAAAUUUUGAAGAAAAUGGAACUGAUCAGAUUUACAUUGGAAAGAAAAGGGGGAAAUGGUUGUAUGAGUUUUUCAA